ACUCUAAUAAAUUGCAUCAUGGCGGCCUCCAAUAAGAUAUGCUGCAAACAUUUUUUAAAGUUAUCCGACAAGCCCCUAAGAUUUGAACCCGUUAAUGAAGUCAAUCAAGUCUUCUUCGAUGAUACUUUGGGACAGGUCUUUGCGGUUCGAUCAGGAGGAACUCUCGGUGUUGUUGCUGAUAGUUUGGAUAAGAAGCUAUACAGAAGUUUUCGGAUGCAAGAUAAAGGAAAUAUCAUAGCGAUGAAAUUUAACCCGUCGUUAACCGUAUUAGCUAUACAAAGAUCUCCAAAAUCUGUUGAAUUUAUAAAUUUUAACGAAAAGAAUGAACCUGUUGAAUUUUCAAAUUAUUCUCAAACAUGCAAAAAUAAAUCCUUCAUGAUCAGAGGGUUUAACUGGAUAACAACGACGGAUAUAGCUUUUGUAACUGACAGUGGGUUGGAACUUUAUCAAGUUGUUGCUGAAAAACAAACUGUCCGGUCAUUAAAAACUCAUAGUGCCCAAGUUAACUGGUUUUGUUAUGAAAGAAAACAUUCCAUUCUAAUUCUCUCAACUGGUAUUCUUGGAAAUGUACUUUAUCCAUUUGUUUUUCAGGGAACUCAAGGUAUAAAGCUUCCGCGUAUUGAAGUUGAAGUUGCUGCUGUUAAACCCCCAUCUUUAGUAUUAUUCGAUAGACACGUUUCUCUUUUAGAAUUAUAUGGGCAAUUAUAUCUUGCUGUACUUAAUCAGAAAAUGCAGAAAUCUGAAAGUUCACCAAUAACAAUAGUUUUAUAUUUAAUAAAUAAAGAUGGUCCUGCAAAGAAGUUAUACAUUCUUGAAACAAAGCUACCUGGGAAUUUUGCUUUAAGUAGCGCUGAUAAUCUUAUUGUUUUACAUCAUCCAGCAACAGAGACAUGCUUAUUAUUUGAUAUUGCUCUACCUGGUGAUAGUGAUGGAUUUGGUGUAACUCAUUUAUUACCGAUUAUUGAGCCACUUCCAAUUCAACCUUAUGACAUUCAACUACCAUCAAAAGAUUUUAAAUACGACAUGUGUUGGGAAGUUAUAUCUCCAGAAUCACCGUAUCCUAUUGGUUUAAUAGCACGUGUAUUUGACGCCCUAAAUAGGAAUUAUGUUGCUCAUAGGAAAUCUAUUGAGACGGGAAAUUCAUCUAACGAUCCAUUUUUACCCUUCAGUCUAAUAUUAGAUCAGAGGGAUUUAUACUCAGGUGUUUUCUAUAAAGUCUUCGAGGCUAGAAAGGAUAUUAGUCAUAAAUAUGCUAUUGCAGUUUUAUCAGAGUUUGUUCGCUCCUUGAAUCAGUAUAACAUUUAUAUAGGCGAUUUUAUACUUGAAGAAUUAAUAACAAGAUUAGUUGAUGGGAAUCGAUGCAAUGAAAUGUCACAAUUAAUAGAGCGUAGUGUAUUGGGCGAAUCUAAGCGUUUGGCUUGUCUUCAAUUAUCUCUGCAAAAUAUUUAUCCUAGAGCCUUACAUUUAGCUAUAAAUAUGUUUUCGAAAGAGAAUACAGGAGGUCCAGAGUUAAUUGAAAUUAUGUUAGAAAAACGUCAAAUUAUCUCGGCUUUAAGAUAUGUUAGAAAGAAUGGAUUAGCUGAUACAAUUAGCGCUAGAAAAUUCUUAGACGCCGCCGUAGAAACAAAUGAUCCCGCAGUUUUUCACGCUACAUUCCUAUUCUUCGAACAAAGAAAUUUACGACUCAGGGGGGAUCCAAGUCAACAUCAUUCUCUUCUUUCUGAUAGAUUCGCACCAGGAGAACAAUGCGAUAGCUACGUAUCUCACUUUGAAAAACUGUUCGGUUGUUCCAGCGCCCUACACCAGACAUCUAUAGCAAAUAAUUGA